AUGAAUAAGUUAAAGUCGUUCAAAAAAGGCAUUGAAGAUGUGCGCCAAGGAAAUGAAACGGCAUUGGAGGCCAGCAAAAAGGAACUUACAUCUAUUCCAGAGCUUCCAGAGUUAUCUACGCUUACAUUCUUGAAAUCUCUGACGUUGUCUUUUAACAAAAUUCAAGAAAUUCCUGAUGAUAUUGGUAGUCUGCAGCACCUCGAACAUCUUAACUUAUUCGGCAACUGGAUAACGACAAUUACACCAAAAAUAUCAGAAUUGCGUGGUCUUCGGUCACUUAUUCUUGGAAUGAAUAGAUUGGAUACUCUUCCUAGGGGUUUCGGAGCUUUUCCUGCACUUGAAGUUCUGGAUUUGUCUUACAAUAACUUGACGACACUUCCUGAUAACUUCUUUAACUUGGGAACCCUACGAGCCCUAUACUUGUCAGAUAAUAACUUUGAACUUCUUCCAGCUGGAAUUGGUAAUCUUUCAAACUUAGAAAUACUUGCAUUAAGGGAUAAUGACCUUAUUUAUCUUCCGCCUGAGGUUGGCAAACUUACUCGACUUAAGGAGCUCCAUAUUCAAGGAAAUCGGUUAACUGUUCUACCUCCAGAAUUAGGCAAUCUUGAUUUAACUGGACCGAAACAAGUUGCUAAACUAAGUGGAAAUUACUGGGUUUCGCCCAUUGAGGAUCAACUUCAAGUUGGGCUAUCACAUGUUUUCGAUUACAUUCGGUCCGAGACUUAUAAAUUUUUGCAUGACAGACACCUUGCAAUGGAUCCCCAAGUUCCACCAAAAGCUGACAGAUCGAAAAAAAUCAGUCGUAAACGUUGA